CUUUACUCCGCUACCGCCAGCACCACUGGAGCUGGGCUUGGCGCAGAAGCUGAGCGGUCGGAGCGCCUCCGUGUCUACAGAGACAGCAUGUCCCAAGACCUUUCAGUUUUCUAGACUGCUCCAAAGUGACCACAACCUUUUCUUGACUGGAACAACUACAAAGGAACAGGUAAUGCAAUGGAUUUAUCAAGAAUUAUUGCGGUCUACACCCAGUUAUCGACGUUGAGUAUCUUACUGGUAUCGGUAGCUGUUCUGGUGGGAAUACACUUCUUGUCCUGUCUCCUGCAACACUGGAGCGCGCAGAGUUUACCGGGACCUUUUCCCUGGCCGAUCAUCGGGAACGCCGCACAACUCGGAAAUACACCUCACAUUUAUUUCUCUAAAAUGGCUCGGAAAUAUGGUGAUGUAUUUCAAAUCAAACUUGGGAGCAAACCUGUAGUAGUACUCAAUGGCGACACUAUCAGACAAGCCCUCAUCACAAAGGGAGCAGAUUUUGCGGGGAGGCCAGAUUUUGAAUCUUUUAAAUGCAUUUCGGAGGGCAGAAGCAUGGCUUUUGGCAAUUACAGUGAGCACUGGAAGUUGCACCGAAAAGUUGCCCAAACCACACUGCGGACUUUCUCAACUAGGAACAUCCAUACCAAGCAAACUUUUGAGAACCACGUCGUUAGUGAAGUAAAGGAACUGAUCCACCUCUUUUUGCGCAAAACUCAGAAAACGAAAUAUUUCCCGCCACACCAUUACUUGGUGGUUUCUAUUGCAAACAUCAUGAGCGCAGUGUGCUUCGGUAAUAGAUACUCGUACGACAACUUCGAGUUUCAGCAGGUGGUUGGAAGAAAUGAUAAAUUUACAAAGACUGUGGGGGCCGGAAGCAUCGUGGAUGUGAUGCCUUGGCUUCAGUAUUUCCCAAAUCCCGUAAAAACAUUGUAUGGACAAUUUAAAGAGCUAAACAUUGAGUUUUCCGAAUUUAUUCGUGCGAAAGUUGUCGAGCAUCGAAAGACUAUUGAGUCGAACAUAAUCCGUGACAUGACUGACGCCUUCAUCGCUGCACUAGACAGGGGUUUGGUUGGCGCGCCUGGGGUCUGUCUGGAUAAGGAGUAUGUGACACCAACUAUUGGGGAUAUCUUCGGUGCAAGCCAAGAUACACUAUCCACAGCCGUCCAAUGGAUUAUUCUUGUGCUCGUCAGGUAUCCAGACCUUCAGAAAAGACUUCAGGAGGAAGUAGACAAAGUAGUGGGCAGGAGUCGUCUGCCCACCAUCCAAGACCAGCCUCAUCUCCCGUACAUCAUGUCCCUCAUCUACGAGGUGAUGCGAUUCACCAGUUUCAUCCCUCUGACAAUCCCCCACUGCACGACCACCGACACCUCCAUCAAAGGAUACCCAAUCGCCAAAGGCACUGUGGUGUUCAUCAAUCAGUGGUCCCUGAACCAUGACCCCAACAAAUGGGACCAGCCAGAACUAUUCAACCCAGUACGUUUCCUGGAUAACCACGGGGCACUAAAUAAAGACCUAACCAGCAGUGUGCUGAUCUUCUCUACAGGAAAGCGGAAGUGUAUCGGAGAGGAAUUGUCCAAAAUGCUGCUUUUCCUUUUCACGACACUCCUGGCGCACCAGUGUGACUUUACGGUGGAGAAGCCACCCCCUAUGGACUACAUGUACGGGCUGACUCUGAAGCCCAAUGAGUUCCAAGUGGCUGUCACUUUGCGUGAAAAAUCCAAAUUUGUCUCGCAGGUCAUCCAAUAACGUCUCCCACAGUGAACACAAACAAUGAGAUCAUGAACAGCAGCACAACACAAUCAAAAAACAAACAAGAAAAAAAAAAAAAAAGUACUAUAUGUAAAAUGAAGGCAACAUAAUGUACAGUAAACAGUAAAGUAAAUCUUAUAGCAUAUACCUGUACCAGCAGGUGAAAGAUAACAUAGGCAUGUCUUAACAUAUUAAUAUAUUUCUGAAUAGACUAUACUCAGACAAAACAUUUUGAUUGACAAUGUAUGUUGCAUCACCUAGGACUAUACUAACAAGAUAUUUGCUAAAUUCAGAUUGUGUAACUAUAUCAGCACUGAAAAUUAAUUUGCAGUUCUUUACAACUUAUAGGGGAGAUAAAGCCAAACCCAGAUCCAUGUGACUCAGUGUAAAUGGGUCCAAAAUACUCCUUUCUGCUUGAAAAGUCUGCUGUUUGUUCUAAAAUCAGAAGAUAUGUUUUUUGAGUCUUUUUUUCCAUUCAGAUGACAGCACCUCCACAUGGAAAAUAGUUAAUCUAUUUAUCUAUGAACAAAGCACUUUACAUAAUUUGUCUGAUUAGCAGUUAAGUUUUUGCAACUUAGUGUUUAUUCUCAGUGCUGACUAGCUGAGAUGGUCACAAACAGUCCAUUGUCCUUGCCUUACUUUGAACUCCAUUUCCUUAGGUGUAAUCCUGCUAGCAAAGUCCAUACUUUAGCCUUCGUUUAGCAAAAAUAGCUGGAAAGACUAAUAUGUAGUAACAAGUAUUUGUAUACAAGUUAGAAUGUAUGAAAGAGUUCAUAAAAUAGACAUAUAAAAAGUGUAGAUGAAUGGAUCUUUAAGAGUUAUUUCAUAUUUAAUUAGGGUUUGAAAACAUCUGUUUAGUGAACACUAAACUAGAACCUGCUUAGUUUGAUGAAUGCUGCAUGAACAGAGACAGCACCCUCAGCAACUGGAUAUGCUCUUGACUUAUCAAUAGGGAAUAGAAAUUGCAACAUUGGGUACUUGGCAGGCUGAAUUAUAACAAUAGAUUUAAAAGUGCAUAAAUUGGGAAAACUCCUCAUGCAAGUGUUUGGUUUUAUCCAACACACAAUUUUCUCAAAUGUUCAGUGCAUUCAAAAUGUAACAUAAGCUGUUAAUACUUUUUAAAAUAAUCUCUGCACCUUUGGAUGAAAUAUAAGAUACUCAGGGUACAUAUGACCAUAUCGUAUGUGAAGACUGACCAGACAAUAGGCAGUGUUUCCCGUCUUAUCUAAACGUCAUCUUCACAUUAAAAACUAGCAGGGGAGAAUCUCAGGGCUUGCUAACAUGUAUAUACAUUACACAUGAUCAAUUUUUAGACAUUUCUCAUAACUGAUCCACAACAAAAUUUUAAUAUUGUAAGAGAUCUAUAUUAAUAUUAAAAGCUAUAUUAGGCCAGUGACAUUUAGUAAAAUUAUUAUUUUCCUGACAUUUAGUACAUGAUGCGUUUGUUUAUUUUGCAUUUUGUAAGUCAAACAUGUAUUGUAUUUUUCUACUAUAUGUAAUUGAGUUUUGCCUGUUUUGACAAAAUACAAUGUACACAGUUGAUGGCUCAUGUUUAAAGAUUACUUAAACAUCAAAGGCAACUUCCACGAUGAAUACCAUAAACAAUAUCACAAUGUUUAGUGUUUCUGAACCUGAGCUGAUCACAUAGAGACCUAAUUUAUACUGAAAGUACUGAAAUAAUUAAAUAGACUAUUUAUACUGUUGAUUAGCUUGAGCCAUGUUUUUAAACUUAAAUCAGCCCACCCAUGAAAUAUGGUAAAACUAUGAUUACACCUUCAUUUGUUUGUGCCCUAGUGACAGCUAAUAUACAUCACGUUCAGAGCUGAGCUGUUACUUUGAACAUGCCUGCAGAGCUUGUAUUUAAUAACUCUGUGCAGAGUGGCUGAGAGGAGAGCGAGGUGUUUAGGACAGACCU